AUGAUGGAUUUUGAUGGAUCAGGAAAGGACAGCUCUGGAGUAUCGCUCAAUGACAGACUACAUAUUGGUCCACCGAUUCAACACGAUCUUCUUGGCGUUUGUCUACGCUUCCAGCAGCACCAAUAUGUUUUAUGCGCAGAUGUCGAAAAGAUGUUUCGAGGCAUUAAAAUCUUUAAGCCACACACCAAUUUUCAGCGCAUUGUUUGGCGCAAGACUGAGAAUGAACCUCUGCUUCAUUUUCGCCUGCUGACGGUUACCUACGGAUUGGCACCGUCACCAUUUCUGGCUGUUCGAGUUCUAAAGCAACUUGCCGACGAUCAUGGCCAUGAAUACCCUGAAGCAGCUCACGCUCUUCUGCACGAUGCCUAUGUGGACGAUAUCCCUACAGGCGCCAACACAUUCGAGGAGCUUAUGAUUCUCAAGGACGAGCUUAUAGCCCUCUUGGAUAAGGGAAAAUUCAAGCUACGCAAAUGGAGUUCUAAUAGUUGGCGUCUUCUGAAAUCAUUACCAGAGGAAGAUAGAUGUUUUGAACCUAUCCAGCUCCUUAACAAAUCAGCUGCGGAUUCACCUGUCAAAGUUCUUGGUAUCCAAUGGAACCCUGGGAAGGACGUUCUGUAUCUCAACCUAAAGGGAUGCGAUGCGACCAUUUCUCCGACGAAAAGAGAACUCUUGUCUCAGCUAUCAAGAAUUUAUGAUCCGCUUGGACUGGUAGCGCCGGUCACAGUUCUACUCAAGCUAAUCUUCCAAGAAAGCUGGACAAGUGUCCUGCAGUGGGACGACCCCAUUCCUGAAAGUCUACGUACGCGCUGGAGAGCCUUAGUAGAGGAUUUGCCAGCACUUACGCAAUGCCAAGUACCACGGUAUAUUGCGUCACCAUUUCGAGAUGUUCAACUACACGGAUUCGCCGACGCAUCCUUGCACGCCUACGGUGCGGUAGGUUACGCUCGAGUUGCAGUUGGAUGCAGCUUUCAAGUAACUCUGGUUGCCGCCAAAACACGGGUGGCCCCGAUCAAGCCCGUAUCAAUUCCACGUUUGGAGCUAAACGCUGCCACGAGCUGCUGGACAGAUUCAGAAAUUGUGCUACACUGGCUUUCAGCUCCCCCUCGACGGUGGAACACCUACGUCUGCAACCGAACUUCUGAGAUAUUGAGCGACUUUCCCCGUAGCUGCUGGAACCAUGUUCGCACGGAAGACAAUCCUGCUGAUUGUGCUUCCCGAGGACUUUAUCCGUCAAAGCUUCUGGAGCAUCGACUGUGGUGGAAAGGUCCGUCCUGGCUGGCCACACCCACCUCUGAGUGGCCACCUUCUACAAGCAAGUUCAGCGUAUCUUCAAGUUUCGAUGUCAACACCGAAGAACGAGCCAUAAAGCCCACGACUCUACAUAACUUUCCUGAUGAAAGUAUACACGAUUUACUCAUCCACAAAUUCUCAACCUGGACGCGUCUUAUAAGGGUAUCUAGCUACUGUCAUCGCUUUAUUCACACUCUUCGAUCUCAUCAUAGGAAUUCGGCACCAUUCCUUACGUCUGAAGAGUUUCUGGACGCACAGCGCCGACUUAUUCGACAUGUGCAACAAAAAUCCUUUGCCAGAGAAUAUGCGCAGCUAGAGAAUCGACGCCAGCUUAACGCUAAAUCGCAUCUUAUCCGGUUUUCUCCGUUUCUGGAUGAUUAUGGAGUAAUGCGAGUCGGUGGGAGAAUCGAGCAAUCUACACUCAACUACAACGCCAAGCACCCGAUUCUGAUACCUAAAGAUACACCACUAGCUGGACUGCUGGUUCGAAAUUUUCAUGUCUCCUAUCUGCACACUGGAGUUGAUGCAACGUUCACCAAUCUUCGUCAGCAGUACUGGAUUCUGGGAGCCCGCAAUCUCGUCAGAAAGGCAGUCUUCCAAUGCAAAUCCUGUUUUCUUCAACGAAAGGGCACAAGCAACCAGAUCAUGGGAGAGCUACCAAUUCCUCGAGUUAAAGCUAGCCGCUGCUUUCAACACACAGGGCUGGACUACGCUGGACCGAUCGCAAUCAAGGAAUCAAAAGGAAGAACUCCACGCAUCGGAAAGGCAUGGUUUUCUAUUUUCGUGUGCCUCACUACAAAGGCUCUUCACAUCGAGGUUGUUAGUGAGCUAACUACACAGGCUUUCAUCGCAGCCUUUCAACGAUUCAUUGCCCGCCGAGCGAAGCCUACUGACCUGUAUUCGGACAACGGAACUACAUUUCAUGGAGGCAAGCGAACUUUGGAUGACAUGAGACGUCUGGCCAUUCAACAAGCCAAAGAUGAGGAACUAGCAGGAUUCUUUGCCAAUGAAGGGAUUUCUUGGCACUUUAUACCCCCGUCUGCUCCCCAUUUUGGAGGGAUGUGGCAUAUGGAAUACCUGACAUCUCUUCAUGAGCGGACAAAGUGGCAUCUGGAAACCGAGAAUCUGAAGAUCGACACACUGGUAGUACUCAAGGAGCCCAAUCUACCGCCCUCUAAAUGGAUUCUUGGCCGCAUCACCGCAGUGCACGCAGGAAUCGACGACAAGGUCCGAGUCGUUACAGUGAAGACUGCUCACGGAUUAUACAAACGCCCAAUUGCCAAAAUCGCUGUACUGCCUCUCUGCUGA